AUGUCCUGCGACUCGAAGAAAUAUUUCUUGGCGGUGCGGAUCGCAUUGCUCUUGGCAUCGCUCGCGCUGAUCGGCUUGCCGCCAGCACUCGUGCUCGCCGCCACGGAUCCCGCUCACGUGGCGGCGCUGCGGCAGGUGGCGGCGGCAGUGGGGCGGCCUGACGAGCCGCCGUUCAACGCGUGGGCGGGCGACGACCCGUGCGGGCCGGACGCGCAGAGCUCGUGGCCGGGCGUGCGGUGCGGCGCGGGCGGGAGCUACAACGUGGUGGCGGAGCUGGACCUGCAGGACACGCGGCUGGCGGGCGACCUGCCCAGCGCCGUCUUCGAUCUCACCCACCUGCGCCUGCUCAACUUGGCGCUGAACCCGAAGCUCACAGGCAGCCUGCCUGACGCCCUUGGCAACCUCGCCCACCUCACGCUGCUCGACGUGCACGGGUGCAACCUGACAGGGUCCAUCCCAGCCACAGUGGGGCGGCUGGCGAGCCUCAAGUUCUUCCUGGUGAACCAGAACCGCCUGUCAGGGUCCAUCCCGGCCACCGUGAGUGGCAUGCAGCGGCUGUACAUGUGGGACAUCAUGGACAACCGCAUUGACGGCGCCGUGCCCUCCUUCCACGGCGCCAACGAGCUCGGUCACCUCCACAUGAGUCGCAACCUGCUCACCUCAGUGCCGGCGCACAUCAGCAGACUACCCAAGCUAGAGCACGUGCUGGUGGACAGCAACCGGCUCACCCAUCCCAUCCCAGCGGCAUUCAACAACACAAACCUCACUGUCAUCUACUGGAGUAACAACGUGCUGCCCAGCCUGCCCACCACGUGGCUCCUCCCCCACCUCAAGGACUUCCUCGCCAGCAACUGUUCACUACCACAGCAACCGCUGCCAUCCUUCCCGCUCUCUGCCAGCCUUGCCAACCUCGAUCUGAGCAGCAACAAGUUCACGGGCGCCAUUCCCCCCACGCUCUUCUGGCACAGCCCCAACCUCAUCAACCUCAACCUGGCCAACAACUCGCUCACCGGCCACCUGCCUCAGCAGAUCGCCAAUGCCUCCAAGCUGCAAUCGCUGUUCCUAGCAGGCAACAACCUGACAGGCGCCAUUCCGGACAUGUCAGGGCUGCCAAGCCUCGUGGCGCUCUCCCUCUAUGACAACGACUUCACUGCCGUGCCGCCCGCCCUGCUCAACCAAACCAACGUCACUCUGCAGCUGUAUGGCAACGACCUCUGCAAGCCAUUCCGCGCGGAGAUCGCGCAGCAGUGCUCCCCGCCGCGCCCUCUCACGCAGUACACGGCGCGCGCCAUCUGCGCAGAGCUCGCGUGCGCCAGCGACCUCUUCCGCCCCAGCGAGCCGCUGUUCCGCGACGCCAGCGAGUGCGUGUGCGUGUCGCCGCUGCGCGCCGAGCUGGGGCUGUACCUGACGGACCUCGUGGUGUUCACGGACGACCAGGUGACGAGCCUGGAGGACAAGCUCUUCUCGCAGCUCACCACCCGCGCGCACAUCAACAUCACGCGCAAUCAGGUGCAAGUGACGGGCAUCAGCAGCCGUGCGUCACUCGCCUCACUGGCGUCAACAUUCGCGUCGGACCACACGACGCACGAGUCCACGCUCAUCAUCACCGCGCUCUUCUUCCCGCCCGCCGGGGACGACUCCUGGCUGCCCAGCGACACGCCCCGCGCCAUCCGCGCCGCGCUCUCCACGCGCGACCCGUCGCUGCGCGCCAACCUGGACGAGUUCGGGUCGUACCGCGUCGAAGCCUUCUACGGCCCUGCUCCGUACAAGCCGCCGUCGCAGGCGGCAUCAGCACUAAGCCCAGGCACCAUCGCGGCCAUUGCCAUCUGCUGCGCCACGCUUGUCAUCUCGCUCGCCCUCGUGCUGCUCUUCCGCCCCUGGGAGAAGCGAGGGUGGAGCCAUGCGGACUACGAGGCGCUGGAGGGCAUCAGCCUGCAGCACGCGCGGCGCUACUCGCUGCAGCAGCUGCACGACGCCACUGAUGGCUUUGAUGACCAGCGCGUGCUGGGGCAGGGCGGAUUCGGCAAGGUGUACCGCGGGGAGCUGAACGGUGAAGCAGUGGCGAUAAAGAAGGCGAGGGAGAAGCAGCGGCAUGACGGGGCGGACUUCAAGAACGAGAUCGAGCUGCUCACCGCCGUGUCGCACGGCAACCUCGUGCGCCUCACAGGCUUCUGCGUCGAGAAGGACGAGCAGCUGCUCGUGUUCGAGUUCAUGGAGGGCGGUGCUCUGGACGCGUGGAUCAAAGGCAAGAUGGGUCGCAUGCUGACAUGGCGGGAGCGGAUGCGUAUUGCGCUGAACGCAGCGAGUGCGCUGCACUACCUGCACCGCGAGAUGAGGCCUGCCAUCGUGCACCACGACAUCAAGCCGCCGAACAUCCUGCUGACAGCAGCGCUGGAGGCGAAGGUGGCGGACUUUGGGACGUCCAAGUCCAUGCCGGAGCGCGGCGAGCUCAUGCCCGAUGAGAUCGUGGGCAGCAAGGGCUACAUGGACCCCUACUUCGUGCAUGCAGGCGUGCUGACGGAGAGCAGUGACGUGUACAGCUUCGGGGUGGUGCUGCUGCAGCUCGCCACGGGGCAGCCGCCGCUCAUCCAGCACGUGCCGCUCAGCCAGGUCGUGCUGCACCUCGCCUUCGGCCCGCAAGGCCUCGCCUCCGUCGUCGACCCGCGCCUCCACCACGCCCUGCUCGCCGCUGCCGCCGCCUCCGAUGAUGGCGCCGCCGCUGCUGCGGGUGUGGUUGGUGGCGGUGCGGGGGAGUGGGAGGAAGGGGGAGUGAGCGCAUGGGAGAUGGUGGCGGGGCUGGAGGAGACGUUCAGCACGUUCCUGCGGAUCGCGCUGUGGUGCACCGCGGAGCACCCCACGCUGCGCCCCGACAUGGAGCAGGUCGUGUCGGAGCUGCGGAAGAUUCGAGACCAGCUGGGAGCGGGGAUGGCUGGUGGGGGCAGCAGCAGGAGAAGCCCGCGUGGGACCGCCAGUGGGUUCACGACGCCCUCGUCCUUCCACGGGUCGCUGCCUCCCCUUGAUGCCACUGCGUUCAGCAGCCCCAGCGUGACGGAGGAGCAGAGCAUGAGCGGCACACAGGACUACACGUGGAGCGGUUAUAGCGCCACACAGGGGCCCCCUUCUCAUCCCAGCUACCCCCCUGCUACCGUUGCUGCUGGAGGUGGUGAAGCGUCACCAGGGGCCCACAGGCAGCAAGCAGCGCAGCAGCAGCAGCAGCAGGGCGCGGCACGAGGGGCGGGUGGGUUGGCUCCCCUGUGGGGCCCUGGGCUUGUCGGUGGGGUGCACCCCCCUCCAUCCAGUGCCGCCCAGGAGGAUGGAGCCAUGGGACGGGGGUACGCUGGUGGCUCGUCUGCUACAGCCAGUGGAGUCACAGACGAGGAACAAGGGCACACUGACACGAUGACAGGGCCGCGUGCUCGGUAG